GUGGGCCGAGCCGGAGCGGGCUGAGCGAGCGGGGAGCGUUAAACGGAGUCACCCCGAGGGGCCGGGCCCGGCACUGGCCGGGGACUGAGUUGGAUCUGACGUCAGAACCUUCCAUCUUCCACUCGGGACAAAGAUGUCGGAUGAAGAUGACCUGGAUGAAUAUGAGCCGGACCAGGAGGAUCUGGAGAGAGAAGAUGAGGAGGAGAAGGAGACGGAGGAGUCUGAGGAGUUCAGGAAGGACGUGGAGGAGUCCUCAGAGGAAUGGAUGCCCAACCCCCUGACGGAGGCCUUGCUGAAGGAAGGCCUUUCGCUGCUGUGUAAGACGGGCAACGGACUGGCUCACGCUUAUGUUAAGCUGGACGUGAAAGACAGGGACCUCACGGAUAUCAGCCUGCUGAGGACCUUCAUCCACCUGCGCUACGUGGACAUCUCGGAGAACCACAUCAGCGACCUGUCGCCCAUCAACUCGCUCACGCACCUGCUGUGGCUCAAAGCGGACGGGAACCAGCUGCGCAGCGCCAGGCUCAACCAGCUGCCCUACCUGCAGAUGGCCAGCUUCGCCUACAACCAGAUCACAGACACGGAGGGCAUCACCCACCCGCGCCUCGGCAGCCUCGACCUCAAAGGGAACCAAAUCCGCGUGGUGACGAACCUGGACCCGGAAAAGCUGAGCAAUCUGCACACCCUGGAACUUAGGGGGAACCAUCUGGAAAGCACCACUGGGAUCAACCUGCCCAAGCUGAAGAACCUCUUUCUGGCUCAGAACAUGCUGAAGAAGGUGGAAGGCUUGGAGAAUCUAAGCAGCCUCACCACACUGCAUCUUCGAGACAAUCAGAUCGAAAAUCUCAGCGGCUUCUCCAAGGAGAUGAAAUCCCUGCAGUACCUCAACUUGCGAGGCAACAUGGUGAGCAGCCUGGGCGAGAUCGCCAAGCUGCGCGAGCUGCCCAAGCUGCGCGCGCUGGUGCUGAUGGAAAACCCGUGCGCCGACGAGACGGACUACCGCCAGGAGGCCCUGGUGCAGAUCGCGCACCUGGAGCGGCUGGACAAGGACUUCUACGAGGAGGAGGAGCGCGCCGACGCCGACGAGGUGCGCCAGCGGCUGAAGGAGGAGCUGGAGCAGGAGGCGGACACGGAGAACGACCUGGAGCACGACUCGUCCUCCGUGCCCCUGGUCUAG